AUGAUGAAUGGCUCAGUGGAUGGGCUGGCAGGGCUGGAGGUGCCCGAGGACCCUGGGGCAUGCGAGCCCAGGGACCCAAUGCAGUUCUUGCUGGUGCCCCUGGUGUACUGCCUGGUGCUGUGCGUGGGGCUGCCGGGCAACCUGAUGGCCCUGCUGGUCUUCCUUCAGAGCAGCAAGGUGAGGAAGGCCAUCCGCAUCUACCUCAUCAACCUCACGCUGGCCGACAUCCUCUUCAAUCUCACGCUGCCCCUCUGGAUCCCCUACUACUUUGCCCGAGGGCACUGGGUGCUCUCAGAGGCAGCCUGCCGCGUGGCCGGGGCUGCCUACUUCCUGGCCACUUACAGUGCCAUCAUCUUCAUGACCCUCAUCAGCGUGGACCGCUACUGCACCGUCCGCGUGGCCAGGCUGGACCUGGUGCUGAACCGGCGCCGCGGGGCCGGGGCGGCCUGUGUGGUGGCCUGGCUGCUGUGCUUGUGCUCGGCCCUGCCCUCUGUGGUGGUCCAGCAGACCUUCCCCAUGGGCACGCGGCGCGUUCAGUGCUUUGAACAGUACGCGGGGCAGCGGAGCUACGCCUGUGCAAUGGUGGGGCUCUUCGUCCUCUCCUUCCUGGUGGUGAUGGGCAGCUAUGUUUCUAUCAUGAGGUCCCUCUCAGACAGUGCCACUGCUUCCCAAGGUGCCCACCGCCGGCUGGCCCGUGCCAUGGUGCUGGGCAUGUUGCUGGUGUUUGCGGUCUGUGUGGCCCCCUAUCACUUCAUCUUGGUGCCCUGGAUGGACAGCCACACUGGGGUCCCCCACUGCCGCCCGCCCUCCACCUUGGACAACCUGCACACUCUGAGUGUGGCCUUGCUCAGCCUCAACAGCUGCAUUGACCCACUGAUCUACUGCUUCUCCAUCAAGCGCUUCCGGGCUGACCUCUGGCGGACGGCGCGUAAGAUCCUCCGCUGCCUGCCACCGCCUCCGUCCCCGCUGGAGAGGGCUGUGCCCCAUGUCAGGUCCUCCUCCUUCAUCUCCUCAUAG